CGUAGGUAAUCAGCUAAAGCUACAAGUUUCCUCUCAGGGUGUCGGAACUCAGCAUAUUGAAGAAUUAACAGUUUCAAAAGAAAGAGAAGAAAAAAAUGGCAGUCUACCAUGUUGUGCUCUUCAAACGGAAGCCUGAAGUCAGCGACGGCCAAAUAGCGACAUGGAAGGCAGCAGCCUCAGGCAUGGUCGGCAGAAUCCCCGGCCUACACUCGCUCAAGGUCGGGCCUCCACACGCCAGCACCGCGCAUCGAUCGCAAGGAUUCAACGUCGCUGUCAUCGCCGUGCUGGACGGGGCAGACACGAUCAAGGUCUAUGCUGAGCAUCCGGUGCACUUGGAAUUGCUCAAGAUGGGAAGGGAAUUGUUUGCGGAGAACUUGGCGUAUGACAUGGAGUUUUGAGAGAGAGAGGAAGCUGAAGCAAGGGCUCGUAUUUUCAUUCCGGCUUGGUUCGAGAGAGGCUGGAUUCAUGCAGCCUGCCUGCACUUCUUCUCAGGUGAGGACGGACACUGUGUCGUGGCGAUGGGAUGAUUUCUUACCUCUUACUUACCUCUUUUUCCCUCUUCUUCGUCUUCUUCAUCUUCUUUUACUUUUGAUUCGCACACACAUAUAUACACCGUACUAGAACCCGUUAUACCGUUCUCAUCUCGGCUCUCUUCCGUUCACGUCAUGCACGUUUAAAAACCCCGUCUGCCGCAGCGACCGACCGACCGUAAAGUGCGGCGGAAUAGAGAAUACUAAUUAAUUAGCUGCAUGGAUGGAUGGGAUGCA